UGGGAUCUUAUCAAGGAGAAGCUCAUUUUUCCCUACGUCGACCUUGAUCUUCACUCUUACGACCUAUCAAUACAAAAUCGAGAUGCCACCAACGAUCAGGUGACCGUUGAUGCUGCCCAUGCGACCCUGAAGUACAAUGUAGCCGUAAACACAUCUAGCGGUGUAUACCUGCAGGAAGUCAUAAGUAACGGCACUUAUAAAAGAAUUUCAGGUACUGUUUUCCGAGAGCCAAUCAUAGUCAAAAAUGUACCACGAUUAGUCAAUUCCUGGAAGAAACCAAUCAUCAUUGGUCGUCAUGCACAUGCUGAUCAGUACAAAGCCACCGAUUUCGUCGUGCCUGGUCCCGGAAAGCUUGAGAUCAAAUUUAUACCCGCCGAUGGUUCUGAAGGUAUCACUCGCGAAGUGCAUGAUUUCAAAGGGCCAGGAGUGUCACUUUCUAUGUAUAACACUGAUGAGUCAAUUAGGUAA